GCCGUGGUUUUGCUUCUUCACUGGUGCAUUGGGAAGAAUGCAGCAUCUGGAGCUGGAGGAAAUGCUUUCAAGAGCCAAGCCUGCUGUAGGUGGAGACUUACAGCAAAUUGACAAGCGGAAGAAGAAAGGAAGAAAGAUUCCAAAACUAGAAGAGCUGCUAUCACAAAGAGAUUUCACUGGAGCCAUUACCCUACUGGAGUUCAAACGUCAUGUGGGAGAGCAAGAUGAGGAUGCUGAUCUGUGGAUUGGAUAUUGUGCGUUUCAUCUGGGUGACUACAAGAGAGCUUUGGAGGAAUAUGAAUCUGUGACAAAGGAAGAGGGUUGUAAUCCUGAAGUUUGGGUGAACUUGGCCUGUACCUACUUCUUUCUUGGGAUGUAUAAACAAGCAGAAACAGCAGGCUUUAAAGCUCCCAAAAGCCGACUCCAAAAUCGUCUUCUCUUCCACUUGGCUCACAAGUUCAAUGAUGAGAAGAAAUUGAUGAAUUUUCACCAGAAUCUUCAGGAUAUCACGGAAGAUCAGCUCAGUUUGGCAUCGAUUCACUACAUGCGCUCUCACUACCAAGAAGCUAUUGAUAUCUACAAGCGAAUACUGCUGGAUAACCGGGAAUAUCUUGCUCUCAAUGUUUAUGUGGCUCUUUGUUACUAUAAAUUGGAUUAUUAUGAUGUGUCUCAAGAAGUGCUGGCUGUUUACCUUCAGCAGAUUCCUGAUAGCACCAUUGCGCUCAACCUCAAGGCCUGUAACCAUUUCCGUCUUUACAACGGCAAAGCAGCUGAGGCAGAACUCAAGAGCCUGAUGGAUAAUGCUUCUUCUUCCUUUGAAUUUGCUAAGGAACUUAUCAAGCACAAUCUGGUUGUUUUCCGAGGCGGUGAAGGUGCUUUGCAGGUUUUGCCUCCCCUGGUUGAUGUUAUUCCUGAAGCUAGACUAAACUUAGUGAUUUACUAUCUUCGUCAGGAUGAUGUACAAGAGGCUUAUAACUUAAUUAAAGAUCUAGAACCUACAACUCCUCAGGAAUACAUCCUUAAGGGGGUGGUCAAUGCAGCUCUUGGACAAGAAAUGGGUUUGAGAGAUCAUCUAAAAAUUGCCCAGCAGUUCUUUCAGUUGGUGGGUGGAUCAGCUAGCGAAUGUGAUACAAUACCAGGGAGACAAUGCAUGGCUUCCUGCUUCUUCCUCCUUCGACAAUUUGAUGAUGUCUUGAUUUACCUCAAUUCUGUCAAGAGUUAUUUCUACAAUGAUGACACCUUUAACUUUAAUUAUGCACAAGCCAAAGCUGCCACAGGAAACACCAGUGAAGGUGAGGAGGUGUUCCUUUUGAUCCAGAGUGAGAAGAUGAAAAAUGACUACAUUUACCUCAGUUGGUUAGCACGAUGCUACAUUAUGAAUAAGAAACCAAGACUAGCCUGGGAGCUCUAUCUGAAGAUGGAAACAUCAGGGGAGUCCUUUAGUCUUUUACAACUCAUUGCUAAUGACUGCUAUAAGAUGGGUCAGUUUUACUAUUCAGCCAAAGCCUUUGAUGUCCUGGAAAGACUGGAUCCCAACCCUGAAUACUGGGAAGGCAAGCGGGGUGCCUGUGUGGGCAUUUUCCAAAUGAUAUUAGCUGGCAGAGAACCCAAAGAGACCCUUCGAGAAGUGUUGCAUCUACUGAGAAGCACUGGUAAUACCCAGGUAGAGUACAUAAUUCGAAUCAUGAAGAAGUGGGCCAAAGAAAACAGAGUUCCUGUCUGAGAUGGCGCCAUCAUGAUCAUCAUGGUCAAAUUCAAGGGAACCAGAUAUCAACUUGGGAGAAAAAAAGAAGUUUAGUUUUGAUGUGGAGAGCAAGAUGAAUACUACCUUUAUGGAUAUUUUCUUCCCGUGUUCAUCUGUCCUGAAGAUCAGUGGACCACAUACUUGAGACUGAGCUUUCUGACUGAGCAGAGUGCCAUAGUGUGCAUUAUGGCCCUUGUGUAAUCAUAAUAGCAAUAAUACCUUAGACUUUAUUGGUGCCUUUCGAAGAACUCAAUCACUCUGUGUAACAUAAACUUCUUUUAAAGAGUAUGGGCUACUUUCUAUCUCUACCACAGUAAAGUUCCAUGGUACUGUCUCCUUACUGCAAUAACUUCUGGCUUCUAGGUCAUUGAUGCUCAAGGGUGACCGUCACUCGAUCAUCUGAUCUUAUGGCCACUCAUAUUUUGUUGUCUGCUUGAUUUCACAUAGAAAGCUUUAUAAAUGAAACAUCCCUGGUAUCUAGAAGAGCAGUGCCUACAAGGGACUUUGUUAAGUUUUGAAUGACAGUGGGCUCCUUCAUUGAGCCCAAACAUGAUAGAUAACCUAGUUCUAUACAAAUCACUCUUCUAAGGGAUUGAAUUUCUAGUGGCUAUGUGUAACAGAGGAGAAAGAUCAAUAAUGUAUUUUUAAAGAAGUAUGCACUUUAAUGCAUUAACUCUGAGUGCAGCACCUCUAAAAAUAUUCAGGAAACAAUAUUUACA